UCCCACCACCGCUGCUAAUAACUGCAUUAUUUCAAGAGUUUUAUGAAAACCCAAGUCGCAUAGGCGGUAUUUAAAAAAAAAAAAAUAGAAAGAACGAGAUUGGGGGGAAAAAGACCUGCGGAUUGAUCUACACUGUAUUUUGGGUAAAUACAAUCACGUGAGCGCUGGGAGCCAAUGGCAAACUAGGAAAGGCUGAAAAAAUAAUUACCUGCCCUGAUUGUUCUAUGAGAAGAUAAAAAGUACACAUACAGUUCAUACAAUAAUCUUAUGAAUGUAAAAGAGGGGGGAACAAUGUCGGCUUCUGGCCCCAUAAGCAACUAUUAUGUAGAUUCCUUGAUUAGUCAUGAAAGCGACGAUCUGUUGGCAUCCCGCUUCCCAGCCACUGGCUCCCACCCGGCAGCGGCCAGACCUUCAGGACUAGUACCGGAGUGCGCGGAUUUUCCAUCCUGCAGUUUUGCCCCCAAACCGGCCGUUUUUACAACUUCGUGGGCUCCCGUGCAUUCCCAGUCGUCCGUGGUCUACCACCCGUAUACCCACCAGCCUCACAUUGGAGCUGACACCAGAUAUAUGCGCACUUGGCUGGAGCCUAUCUCCGGCGCGGUCUCCUUCCCAGGUUUUCCAACCAGCAGCCGGCAUUACGGGCUUAAACCCGACGCCUUCCACGGCCGCAGGGACUGCGGACCCGUGGAUGGACGUAGUUAUCCGGAUUAUAUGUAUGGAUCCCCGGGAGAUCUCAGGGACAGAACCCCGCAGACUAUACCCUCCCCGGAAUCUGAGGCCAUCGCUUCCAACAAACACAAAGAAGAAAAGACCGAAUUGGACCCUAACAACCCCGUGGCGAACUGGAUUCAUGCACGUUCUACACGAAAGAAACGAUGCCCCUACACGAAAUACCAAACGCUGGAGUUAGAGAAGGAGUUUUUGUUCAAUAUGUACCUAACACGGGACCGCCGUUAUGAAGUAGCCAGGGUUCUUAAUCUCACGGAGCGGCAGGUCAAAAUCUGGUUUCAAAACAGGCGGAUGAAAAUGAAGAAAAUGAACAAGGAGAAAACCGAUAAUAAAGACCAGCAGUGAAAUUGGCCGAGUCCCUCCUGGGAGAGGGGAAACGGAGGCGCCGUUUCUCCUAAGCUUGGGAUUCAAAGUGUUCCUGACUUUAUUUUUUUCGGUGUGCUGAUGAGUGUUUAGAAUUAGUUAAACACAGCAACCAUUCUGGAGUAAAAGACAAAAAGAGUGCUUUUCUUAAAAAAAACAAACACACAAAAAAAAA